UAUCAAGAGGCUUUGUAGAAUAAAUACCUAUAUGUAAAUACGCAUGUACAUUGCGAUAAACGUCAUGAAUAAUAUAAGUGCUAUUAAAUUAGAAGACGGAAGAGUUCCAGCCGACAGCUCCGAUUGUCAUACAGAGAACAGCUCUUCGGUAAUGGCUAAAAAUGAAUAUAAACCCCUUAAUAUAUUCGAUACGAAUUUGGAAGAGAAUCGAUCGCGAUCAUUCGGAAUCAACCGAAGGGCACUCUUUACCUUCCUUGCAAUUUGUGGUGUAGUUACGCUCGUCGUUGUAGUCUCUGUCGUUCUCGUCGUUAAAAACGAUUCGCGGAAAGACUCGAAUGGCGUCAAGAAAAGAAGCGAUGAAAACGUUUUCAAUUUGAAGAUAUAUUCAAUGGCGAUUUCUCUCCCUACAUGCCAAACGAAGUUUGGUCUUCUGAUGAUUCUGUUCUGCGACUCGAAGAUGGGAAUAUUGUACAAUACAACGUUGAAACGAAGGAAUCUAGCCUGUUGUUUUAUGGGAAGAUGUUGUUUGAUAAUGGUGUGAACGUCGAUUCUUCUUUAUCAAAUACCUUAUCUCCUGACGGUAAAUGGAUGUUUUUUCCUGUUGAAAAGAGGCAGAAAUAUCGCUACUCGACGGUAGGAAAGUACAUUGUUUUGAACAAGGAAACUGGAAAAGCGGUAAAAGUCAAAAUAUCUGCGUCACAGGCGAUGCCCGAAAUCCAGUAUAUUUCAUGGGGGAAAAAGAGCAAUUGUUUGGUGUUUGUAUCGGAAAAUGAUGUUUAUUGGAUGCAUUCCGUUGAAACACCUGAGAAAGUUGCUCGAGUAACGUCAACGGGACGGGACAAAUAUUUUUUCAACGGCGUGCCUGAUUGGGUGUACGAAGAGGAAAUUCUUAGCCAGCGACCGUCUUUAUUGGUUUCUCCGGACGACAAACAUUUGUGUUAUGCCAGCAUUAAUGAUACGGAGGUUCCAUUAUUUGAAAUUGCUCUAUAUGGGAAACCGCCAACGGCCUACAGUCGAAUACAAGACAUAGCUUACCCAAAACCUGGUACCAAAAAUCCCGAUGUCCGUAUUUAUGUUUACAAUUUUGAAAAUAAUGUAACGAUCGAACUGGACCCACCAGAAGACUUGAAGAAAAGUGAUUACUACUUUACAAAUCUCGUAUGGGCCGACAAUGAUAACAUCAGUGUUACAUGGAUGGAUCGAGCUCAAACUACAAGUGUUGUGAUGUUGUGUAACGCUGCGAGGGGAACUUGUAUUGAGAACUAUCGAUUGGUUUCCGCGAACGGCUGGGUAAAUCAAAAUUAUUAUGAUCCAUUUUUCUCUUCUGAUGGAACAUUCUACAUACAAUUGCUCCCUCACAACGAAGGUCCAAAGACUGGGGACUAUUUACACAUUGCCAAAGUCCCAUCGAUCGCAAACGCUAAUAAAUAUGUGAAGUAUUUAACCCAGGGUCAAUGGGAUGUCAAGAAAAUCGUAUCGUUUGAUAGAAAAAAUGAAAUUGUUUAUUACGAAAGUACCGAAAUUUCACCAACGAAAUCUCAUCUGUACAGCGUCGAUCUCAAGGGCAAUAAAAAAUGCAUUUCUUGCGAGUUAAAACAAACAAAAGACGAGCAUUGUUCAUAUUAUACGGCUUCAUUCAGUACGAAGUCUUCGUGGUUCGUUUUGACUUGUGCGGGUCCUGGUGUUCCCAUGAGUUGGUUUUACAAUAGUAAAGAUAUUAACACAGCCACUGUCCUACAGUCAAAUGAAAAACUUGCGAAGAAACUGGAAACGACUCCAUUGCCAACAUUCGUUUAUCACAAAAUUAAGACUACGGACGGAGCUUAUGAUAUUUGGGUAAGGGAAAUGCGACCACCGGGUUUUCAAGCCAAUAGAAAAUACGCUGUUUUGUUUGAUGUGUACGGUGGACCUGGGAGUCAAAAGAUUCAAGAGAUGUUUCAAACUGGAUACCACACAUAUCUCACCAGCAAUUUUGACAUCAUUGUUUGCGAAGUCGAUGGUCGGGGAACUGCGUCGAGAGGACAAAACUUCAAAUAUUCUGUUUAUAUGCAACUGGGGGAGUAUGAGAAAAACGACACUUUGGCAGCUGCAAGGUUUAUGCAAACUAAAGAAUAUGUUGAUCCAAAUAGGAUUUCAAUAUGGGGUUGGUCUUAUGGCGGUUUCCUGUCCUCUUACAUUCUAAGUACUCAAGAGAGCCGAGUUUUUCAGAGUGCUGCAUCUGUAGCGCCUGUCACGGAUUGGAGACUCUACGACUCCAUAUACACCGAGAGAUACAUGGGGACGCCAGUGGAUAAUCGUAUUGGCUAUGAUUUCUCUUCCGUACUGAAGCACGCCAACAACAUCCAUGACUCGUUUCUUCUGAUCCACGGCACCGGAGACGACAACGUCCACUUUCAAAAUAGUGCACAACUGAUCGAGGUUUUGACUCAAGCUGAUAUAAAGUUUCAAAUGCAGAUUUACACGGACAAACAUCAUUCACUGGAAGGCAACAACAUCGAAAGACACUUAUUCACACUUCUGACAGAUUUUUUUAAAGAGAAGUUAAAAUUAUAGCGCAAUAUUUUAUGUAAAUAAAACAAAGAUCUCGUUUCAUGUAUAUAUUUUUGUACUAACCAUACUGUUACGAAAUGUUGCUUAUUAUAAUUUAUUUAAGAAUGA